AAAUACAAAGCAAUUCUGCAAUAAGUGAAAGGGAAAGCCUGGAAAUACCAACUAUUAAUGAAAAUUCAGAGACAACUGCUGUUAAUGAGAACCCUGGAGUAACUAUUAUUAACAAAAAAUGUAAAACAUGCAAGGAACCAUCUUGGGUGUUUAAAGAAGAACACUUUCAACCUAACCCUUCAAAAAAUAAAGACUGGAAGUUUCAAAAAAUAGUUUUAGUGUUUAAGAAGGUUCCUGUGCCGCAUACGGGCAGUCAUGUCAGAUUUAAUUUAAUACGAUCUUAUAACAUUUGCUUUUCAUAG